AUGGUCCGCAUCUCGUUCAGCUUUGACGACGAUGAGAAGCUUAUGCAGCUUGCAGCGUUCGGGCAUAACUCGGAGCGAUUAGUGACACCAAAAUUCGCAGGUAUUUCGAGAGAUGUCGUUGUGAAAUACGAUGAAAAGCCUAUUCACAAGAAUUUGGGUGAAGUGAUGCCUGCGGGAACCCCAAUGCAACUACAGGAGCUGAAAGAUGUUUGCAGCGGUAAGACCUUACUGGACAUCGGUUCAGUGCUGGGAAACGUUGUAGUACAAGUCAUGCUUUCAACCGCGAUAAACAGCGUGAUUGGAAUUGAGUUGAAAGCAGACGUUCAUCGAGCAGGCCUAGACAUUAUGUAG